AUGACUGCGUCUUUUCAUCUUAAAAAACAAACGUUCAAUAUAUCUUUGAAUGGAGAUGAAAAUGAAUCAUUAUUAACGAAUGCGAACAUGAUCGCCCAAGUAACAACAAUGUCUUUCAAAGGAAACGAAAUUGAUAUUCAAUCCAUCUAUCUAUGUUUUGAUGACGGUGAAUGUGCAGUGACGUAUGGCCAGAAAGUACUUGCAACGUUCAACGAAACUAUGUACACAAUUCUUGCCAAACAGAUGGCGACGACAUUAUACGAUUCGCGCGAUCUUGAUGAAUUACAAUGUUUACACCAAGGUCAAACAGUACCAUGUAAUGGUGGUUAUUGUCAAGCAAUGAUCGGUGUAAGCGCUGGCGAUCUGAAGGCAAUGGAUCAACUGUGCAUACCCAAAAAUUUUUUGAGACCCGCAGGAAUUGCGAUUAACCUCGAAAAAUCAGAGGACAGCACAGAUUAUGGAAUUACGUAUGCGUGUAACAAGAAUACAUGCAAUUCAAGAGAAAUAAUUGAUCAGAUAUAUAAACAAAUUAUUGAUCUACCGAUGCUGCUAUAA